AUGCUCUCGCCCGAGCGGCGAGAUCAGCCCCGCUCGCCCCUCGCCGCCGCCGCCGCGCCGCACCCGCCGACGGUCGCCGACAUGGCUCUCUACUGCGGCGACAACUUCGGCGUGUACUCGCAGCCCGGCCUGUCCCCGGGCGCCGCCGCCCCGGGCGCCCCCCCGGCUGCCCGGGCGCCCUACGGUCUGGCCGACUAUGCCGCGCCGCCGGCCGCAGCCGCCAACCCCUACCUGUGGCUCAACGGGCCGGCCGUGGGCGGUCCCCCUGCCGCCGCCGCGUACCUGGGCGCCCCGCCGCCGCCGCCGCCGCCGCCGCCGCCGCCCCCCGGGGGCGCGCCCGGGCCCUUCCUGCAGCCGCCGACCGCCGCCGGCACCUUCGCCUGCGCGCAGCGGCCCUUCGCGCAGCCCGCGGCCGCAGCGCCCGCCUCGCCCGCCGGGCCCGCGGCGCCCGGGGAGCUGAGCUGGCUGUCCAUGGCCAACCGCGAGGACCUGAUGAAGAUGGUGCGGCCGCCCUACUCGUACUCGGCGCUCAUCGCCAUGGCCAUCCAGAGCGCGCCCGAGCGCAAGCUCACGCUCAGCCAUAUCUACCAGUUCGUGGCCGACAGCUUCCCCUUCUACCAGCGCAGCAAGGCCGGCUGGCAGAACUCCAUCCGCCACAACCUGUCGCUCAACGACUGCUUCAAGAAGGUACCACGCGACGAGGACGACCCAGGGAAAGGUAAUUACUGGACCCUGGAUCCGAACUGUGAGAAAAUGUUUGACAACGGGAACUUCCGUCGGAAGCGAAAGCGCCGCUCGGAAGCCAGCAGCACCCCUACGGUGGCCGUGGGGACCUCGAAAACAGAAGAAGGGCUCUCCCCGGGACUGGGGUCUGGAGUGGGUGGGAAGCCGGAAGGAGACAGCUCCCCGGCGUUGCUGAGGCCCUCUCAGUCCCCAGAGCCUCCCGAGGGCACCAAGAGUACCGCCUCCUCCCCAGGAGGGUCCGUGCUCUCCUCCACCCCUUGUCUGAACAGCUUCUUCAGCAGCCUCGGCACGCUAAGUGUUAACAGCAGUGGGAGCACCCAGCGAGUGCUCCCCGGCGGCCGCCCCCUAGGGAUCCAGGGGACCCAGGUGCCCUCAGGCGGCACGUUCCCCCCCAGCUCCGUCCCGGAGGCCUCGCCAGACACCUUGCAGCUGAGUCACAGCACCAGCAAUGGCAGCAGCCAGAGGUCUUCCUACUACAGCCCCUUCCCUGCCAGCACCAGCGGGGGACCAAGCAGCCCCUUCAGCACCCCUUUCUACAACUUCAGCAUGGUCAACAGCCUCAUCUACCCCCGGGAGGGCUCCGAGGUAUAG